GUCAUUAAAUGGUGUGGCAUUCCAAGAUGGCUGCAUCCAUGGUUCAGCGGUGUGUGUUCUCAGCGAGACGAGUGUCAAAAUUUGCAACACAAACUAUUACAGCUAGAAGAUGUAUUCUUUCAGCUGCAUACAUAGACACAAAAAAAUGGGAUCAAAGGCCAAAAGAUCCUCAAAACCUAGCUGAGUUAGCGACUCUAAUGGACAUGACUUACGAGAAGAAGCUUCCUGUCAGCUCCUUAACAAUAGCCCGGUUUGUUGACAAUAUUUCAUCAAGAGAAGAAAUUGAUCAAGCUGAGUACUAUCUUUAUAAGUUUCGUCACAGUCCAAACUGCUGGUAUAUCAGGGAGUGGACCAUCCACAGCUGGAUUAGACAGUGUCUUAAAUAUGGUGCCAGGGACAAGGCUGUGCAUACCCUGAACAAUAAGGUGCAGUAUGGAAUAUUUCCAGAUGACUUCACAUUUAAUUUGCUGAUGGAUUCUUUUAUAAAAGAUAAAGAUUAUAAAGGUGCAUUCUCGGUUGUUGUUGAAGUGAUGUUGCAAGAAGCUUUUGAUUUGACUUCAACUCAGCUGUUAUCACUCCAUGUGCUGAGCCAGUACUUGAAUACCAAGCCGGAUCUCAAAUGGGAAGAGGAGAGGAACCUCGGGGCGGCUCUGUUGAUCUCCGGACUGAAACAGGAGAAUACAGUCGGCUUUAGUGCUCAACUUCUUGGCUAUUCCCUUCUUGGGAAAGUUGAACUUUGCCAGGGGAUCCGUGCCGUGUACCAUCAGAUGCCGCUGAUGUGGACCCCUGGGUAUCUGAACAAGGCCUUGACUGUGAUGGAGAGGGUGUCUGCACUGCCUGCCCACAUGAAGCUCUCCAAGGAGGCAAUGGAUGCCCUAGAGACCGUACUGCAGACUCAGUCUUCGACAGCCCCAGAGUCCAGUGAAACUGAAGGGGCCGGCGAUUCACAGGACUCCAGUCCAGACACCAAAAACCUAGAGAAGGAAAUGGAGAGGACAAAACUCCCCGACUAUAUGAACAGAUUUCAGGAGCUGCAAAGUAAGUUGCGGUUCCAUGGCAAGGUUGAAUCUGAAAGCAUGCUGACCCUGACUGGCAGCCUCAUUGAAGAGAAGCUGGCCGGUGCCGAAGCCACUGACAUUGCCGGCUAUGAAAAGAAGCUGCAGGAGUGGGAGGAGGAGCGAGUCCAUCUUGCAAAGAGGGAGAAAGAGAUGAGAGAAAAGGCCCGACUGGAGCGAGAGGCCAGGCUGGCAGCCAAAGCCUCCUCUUAGUGCAGUAGUGUCAGGACACCAACACUUUCCAUUGGGACAUCUCUGCUGCAUUGCAAAUAA